GUACGGUUUUCUUCUUCGCAAUAGAUAUAUUAUUACGACUGCAAUAAUAUUGUACAAUAGGAAUUAUAACUGAGAACAUGGCAUUCUACAGAGGGUGGCGGUAUACUGCCUUUAUAACGGGAUUCGUUGGAUUCAUUGGCUUAGCUCUUUACCCCAUUGCUAUUAGUCCAAUGAUUGAUUCUUCAGAUUACAAGAAAAUACAGAAGGAAACCCGUAAAAAUAUCAACAAAGAUGCUAUUCAGCCAGGAAAUAUGAAGGUGUGGUCGGACCCCUUUGAUCGCACAAAGGAAGAUGUUAAAUAAUAAUUAGGUUUGUUGAAUAAAUUAUUAAUAUUAUUAGAUAA